CAUUUAAAAUUAUCUAAUAAUUGUUUCUUUGCAGAUGUUACUGGGGAAGAUGUGUCGCUUGGGGUCUGAGUCCUUGUAUCUUGCAGCACUUGUUUGUGCCCCUGCAGUCAUUAUGGAACUGGUCCACAACGAAGUGGACAAAAUCACAUCGAUACUGACUAUUCAGCAUGCCAUUGCCACUGAUCGUGAGCUGGGCGCCGCCAUGUCGCGCGGGUCGCGCUACAUGCAGCUGCGGCCGCUGCGGCUCCGGCUCGCGCGCGUCCUCGCCGUCGACAGCUCGCUGCCCAUCGCCUACUUCGCUCUACUGUUCACUCACACCCUACUUAUUAUGCAGUUGCACAACUUCUUGUAGCCUGGGUUCUCAACCGGGAACUAUUUAAUAUGCAAACUAUUAUAAAAAUAUACGAUUCUUUUAGUGGGCGUGUGAUACCUUGCACUUUUAACGGCUUUCUAAUCUAGUCAGUUGUGGCCUCGCCUAUGAAGUAGUAGGUCCCGGGUUCAAAUCGCAAAUAUUUGUUCCUGGUUUAUGAAUGUUUUCUAUGUAUUUAAAUAAGUGUUUAUAUAUAUAUAUAUAUAUAUAUAUAUAUAUAUUCUAGGUCGUUACGUAAAGCUAGGUCGAUUUGUGUAAGAUAAUAUUAAUUUAUUAAAUGGACUACAACGUUUUUGUGAUAAAUUUAGCUCUCCACGUAGACACGAUAACUAAAAAUUUUUAUUAUUAUUAUUUUUAUUAUUACUUUACCGCAUUAGUGCGAUAAUAAGCACAUUACGUAACUACAUAUAUCGAAAAUUUAAAAGGCCAUAUAUACUGUAAAAUGUUGUACGAUACAUUUGUGCGAAUUUCCUAUUUGCUGCACUGGUAUCGUAAAUACCUAUUAUUGCACCAACACGAUUUACAUUUUAUACGUAAAAUUACCAAGGAAUAAAAAAAUAUGAUUACUAUAUCUUCUAGACAGUCUAUUGUUAUGCACAUACCCAGAUUGUGAAAAAUAUAGCGUACUAUGUAGAGACAAUGUAAUGCAAAUUGUUGAAUGUUUGAUGAACACCAAACUCUGUCUGUCUGUACUAGGUUCGCCCGUAGGCGGUGGAUCAUAAUAAUAAAACAACAAAAUUGUGGUAGUGUAUAAUUAAGGUACCAAUUAUAGCCCAACAUACAAUUGCGCAAUACAUUAAAUUAUAAUAGCCUGAUUUCUGUUUAUAUUAUUCUAAUGCGAUAAUUACAGAUAAUAUACCUUUAUACAAAAGCCCACAAACAUUCCGACCAAAGGUAAGUAGGUAAAAAUAAAUCCAAGCUUUUUAAUUACAACAAAUACAUAAUAACCUAUAUAUUGUUAUAUUUUUGUAGGUAAGUAUAGCGACAGUUUUGUCCAGCAUCAGUAAAACGCGAAAUCAAUGGAAAUGAAUACAUCUGAAGCCGC